GCAUAUAACUCCUGGAUCCGCAGUCUACAGUACACAAUCGCGAGCUAACUAUGGAGCCUGAACAUCGGAUGAUUCCGCUCUUGAAAUGAUUGUAUUUUACCGCUUAUUUUGGAUAAUGUGAACUUUAAUUACGAUGGCGAUGAGAGAAAUAAAGUUAUGUCUCCUGGGAGACUCUGGAGUUGGUAAAUCAAGUAUAGUUCAAAGAUUUGUGAGUGAUACAUAUUAUGAAUCCAUCCCUCCGACGAUAGGUGCCUCAUUUAUGUCAAAGACGUUAGCAGUUGAUGAAAAAAUGUACAAAUUUCAAAUAUGGGAUACCGCAGGUCAAGAAAAGUAUCGAGGUUUAGCACCCAUGUAUUACAGAGGAGCUGCAGCAGCAAUAGUGGUUUAUGAUAUCACAAGUCAAGCAUCAUUCAGUAAAGUACGAGACUGGAUCAGAGAACUAAGGCAGCAUGGACCAGAGAACAUUGUUAUAUCAGUAGCAGGGAACAAAUGUGAUUUAGAAGAUUUAAGAGAGAUUCCAGUGAGGAUCGCUGCGGAAUAUGCAGAAGAGGUUGGAGCUGUUUUUACAGAAACAAGUGCCAAGACAGCAGCAAAUAUAAAAGAAUUAUUCAUUGCAAUUAGUAAAAAGCUCCCACCAGAAGUUUUAGUACCAGGUUACGGCACAGACACAAUCAACCUGAGGAACCAGAAAGAAAAGAAAAAGAGGGGUCGAUGCUGCUGACCCCAGCCAAAGGUCAUCAGAGGUCAUAGGUCAACUCGUAGCCUGCCAUGCUCUCAUGAUCACCAGAUACACCUGUGUAAUCGCCUGCUGCCCUCGUGUGUUGCUGCUGCCACAAGGACUAUCCCUAUAAGGAUGUUUUUGUACUUCUAAUUUGAAGACAGAUUGAGCGUUUUGAAUGCACAUGGGAAACGUUCAGUCUUGAAGUUUAUAAGAUAACUGAUUUCAGUUGAUGUAUCUAUGCUUGACAGAGCCAAUCGAUGAUGCAUUGUGCAGUAAUUUUCAGGAGCAGUAAGUGCAACGUUUGAAAUGAACCUUCAUAUAAACAUGCUUGAUAGUCAUGUUGCUUAUAUGCCUCGCUAGAAACUCCAUUUCGAACUUUGUUUGCAAACACAUUUAAAAACUUUGUUUGAUAUUGGAUUUUAUUACAGAGGACAAAACCGCUUUUUUAUUUGGUCAUGUUUUCAAAGCUCCCAUUGAGCACCCCCCCCCCCCC